GAACAAGAAACAGUUCAAAAGUGUUGAAACAUGUGAUUGCAGUUAAUAAAAAUUUUAAAAGUAGUUUUUAUAAUUUCAAGCCUAUUUCACAAUGACUGUGUCGUUCAAAAAUCCAAGGGAGGAAGAGAAAAUCAGUUUAAUCAACUACACAGACCCUAGGAUCCGUGUAGGCAACUGGCUUCAAAGACAGUACAAAUUCAUAAGACACAAUAUAAAAAAAGAGAGCAGCUAUUCCAUCGAUUAUAAACCUGCAUCGAUAGACUAUAACUGCAUAGAAGAAAAUGCAGAAACUGUAGCGACUAAAGUCAAUGAGGCCUAUGGCAAACCAGUCGCUGAUAACUUAAUUGAUGAAGAGUUUGAGUGCAACUUUUUGACACUGUACGAUAUCAAUUACAACAAUAUAUGGCGAAGGUUUGGCAAUAAUAAAGAUUACUUGGCCAACAAGAUUAAUGCAGUUAACUAUGGCUUGAUAAAAGACAAAAGGCAGAGAUGGAUAGAUGAGCACAAUGAAAUUAAUAAUUAUUUGUCAGUGAUGAAGCGAGACUAUGUUGCUCAUGAGCCUGUUCCAAAAUACCCAGUUAGAAGAGAGCAAGCUAAAGAGGCUGAUAAAAAGAGUGUCUGCAGGAUGUUUAUAGAUUCGUUGAAUUUAAAAACUAGAGAAGACAAAAUAUGCUUUUGCCCUUGUCAUCCUGAAAUAUGCGCUGCAAAACCGAGAAACCCGAAGGAGAUCCUUCCUUAAAGUCAGUGAAUAAAGCAUUUUUUUAAAAUAAUA